AUGAAGAAUCCCGCGUCCACCGGAUUCAAUGAUGUUGAAGUUGGUAGUGCUGAGAUUGAGGACUCGCCGUAUCCUGAGGUCAGAGCCAUUGUGCCACCCAUUGACGACCCAGAGUUGCCAGUCAAUACUUUCAGAGCAUGGUUCCUAGGAUGCGUCUCAACGCUUAUUUUCUCGGGACUUUUGCAGUUCUUCCAGCUGCACUCCCCACCCAUCUUUCUCGCAGCCUAUCUCGUCAUCAUCGUGACCCUUCCAAUCGGACACUUUAUGGCCCGUGUUCUACCUGCUCGAAUCUUCAAUGUCUUUGGCUACAAGUUCACUUUGAAUCCCGGCCCAUUCAACCAUAAGGAACACACAAUCACGGCUAUUAUGUCGAGCUUGGUCGCUGCGUUUGAUAACGGUUCUCUCGCUUCCGAUGUAUACGUCGCUUUUGACAAGUUCCUCGACAUUCCUAUUGAUCCUGGCUUCCGAUUCAUGUUCUUGUUAUCAACACAGGCCCUCAGUUUCGGCUUUGUCGGCAUUUUCCACCGAUUUUUGGUAUUCGGCGCAACUUCUGGUAUGGAUCUGCUUCCACUGACCCUCGACUGGAAUCAAAUCUCUGGCUACUUGUCUUCUCCUUUGAUUGUGCCAUCUUGGGCUAUCUGGAAUGUUUUGGGGGGGAGCGUCCUUUUCCUAUGGAUCAUCUCGCCUGCCCUACACUGGCAGAACGUUUGGUAUGGCCGCUACUUCCCAUUCUCAUCUUCUGGCACAUUCGACAACACUGGCCAGGCGUAUAACACCUCCCGUGUCAUGAACCCGGAUUACAGCAUCAACAACGAUGCUUACUAUGACUACUCACCUGUGUUUCUCUCUACCACUUCUGUUCUUUCAUACGGCCUUGGUUUCGCAUCUGUUACCUCAAUCCUUGUGCACACAUACCUAUAUCAUCGGCACAUGCUUUGGAGCGCCUUCAAGGCUGCAUUCCGUGGCACAAAGGAUGAGUCAGAGGAUGUUCAUGGCCGUCUUAUGCGAGCGUAUAAGCCUGUUCCUGAGUGGUGGUAUGGCAUUGUUCUUGCAGGAAUAUUCGGUAUCAGUGUCGCCUUCCUGUAUGUGUACAACACUCAGCUGCCUUGGUGGGGACUAGUUGUCAGCAUGCUUUUAAACGUUGUCCUACUUGUGCCGAUUGGCCUUAUGAAGGCGACGAGCAACAUGACCGUUAAUACUGGUGUUCUUGCAGCCCUCAUUGGUGGCUUCAUCUGGCCCGGAAACAUGAUGAACAAUGUCGUCUUCAAGGUGUUCACUCUCGUUUGCACUUUCCAGGGUCUUGGCUAUGUUCAGUCGAUGAAGACGGGCCAUUACAUGAAAAUUCCACCAAGGGUUACGUUUGCUGCGCAACUUAUCGCGAUCAUUAUCUCAUGGAUGGUCCAGACGGCUGUUAAUUUGUGGGCAAUGGGCAACGUCAACGGUAUUUGUACCCCUUCGGCAGAUAACAAUUUCUUCUGUCCUCUGGCGAACGGUUACGCCGCCAAUGCUGUCUUCUGGGGUCUUAUUGGACCAUCGAAGCUUUUCAAGAAUGGGAGCAUGUACAACAGUAUGCUCUGGUUCCUGCUAAUCGGCGCCGUUCUACCCGUCAUCAUUUACUUCCUAGCUUUGAAGUUCCCUGACAACAAAAUUCUUCAGAAGAUUCACACACCGGUCAUCUUCUCGUCUACCUCAUCCAUUCCGCCUGCUACGGCUGCGAAUACCAUUUCUUGGGCUCUCGUGGGACUUGUAUUUAACUGGACCAUCAAGCGCAGAUUCCGCGACUGGUGGACCAAGUAUAAUUACCUGCUCUCGGCCGCAUUGGACUCGGGCCUGGCUAUCACCACAUUCCUCGUCUUCUUCUGCCUGACUUAUCCGGGUGUCGAGCUUAAUUGGUGGGGUAAUACCAUCGCCUACACAACAGCUGAUGGAUUAGGCACGGCACUAGACUCUGUUGCUCCUGGUGAGACGUUUGGCCCCAAGAACUGGGUCUAA